CCACCAAUCUGUGCAGCGCGAGGACCACCCCAACCCCUGAACCUGAAUCUACCCGCCCUGCGCGUUUAUAAAUACAGCUCCAAUCACACCGGCAAGUCUUGGUCGUCAGAAACGCUCAGGGUUGCAGCAGAACAUCCCCCUUCGUCUCCUCCCCUUCAUCUUUUCUCUGUUUUUUAACAAAACCUCACGCAUCACCCAUUUUUCACACCCAUUCUUCCCCCUUUUUUCCGAACUGUAGUUGUUUUUCCUGCGGCCAGUUGCAUGCAUUGUUCGUCUCCCAAAAUGGUUUGCGAGACUAAAAUUGUUGCGGACGAGCACGAUGCUAUACCUGGGACCAAAAAAGAGUCGAUCAUGUGGAGCUCUCCUCCGUCCAGCGCGGCUCUAAACCCGGCUGAGGCAAAGGAUGUGAGGAAAGAUGCGGUAUUUAUCCGCGAGUUCGAGUGCGGGGAUCAAGAGGAGGUGCGGCGCAUUUUUUACGAGGGCAUUAUGGAGAGGAUACCCAACACGGCGUUCAGGGGGCUCAGGCAGCAGCCCAAGACUCAGUUUUUAUAUGCUCUUCUGACAGUAAUGUGCUUUUACGUGACCAAAUCCGUCACGCUGACCUGCUGUGCGCCUCUCUUUCUCAUGGGUGCACGCUACUACUACAGCAGGAAAGUUAUCCAGAGUUAUCUGGACUGUGCUCUGCACACGGACAUGGCUGACAUAGAGGCUUAUUACAUGACACCCACAGGCUCCUGUUUCUGGGUGGCAGUGCUGGACGGACGGGUGGUGGGCAUCGUGGCGGCGCAGGGUCGUGAGGACGACAACACGGUUGAGUUGCGGCGCAUGUCGGUGGACUCCCACUACCGCGGUAAAGGCAUCGCAAAGACCCUGGGUCGUCGUGUUCUGGAGUUCGCCGUGCGCAACAACUACGCCGCUGUGGUCCUCGGCACGACGGCCGUUAAGUUGGCUGCCCACAAGCUGUACGAGUCGCUUGGCUUCCGCCGAACGGGCCAGAGCGAGGACUACAGGCUCCCUGGAAUGAGCCGCUCGCCGCUGGAGAGGCUCUUCUUCCAGAUCCGCUACAGCCGCUACCGCUUGCAGCUCCGUGAGGAGUGAGAGGUGACAGAGAGAGGGAGAGAGAGAGAUGGAGAGGGGGAGAUGGAAAGAGAGAGGGACAGAGAGAGAGAGAGAGAGCAAAGACCUUCCUUCACCUGAGAGCCCCGACCGCAUCCUCUACUCUGACAGCUUUUAUUUAUUUUGUGUCAUUAGAGAUAACUUCAAGUACUUAACACUUCUACUUCUUCAUCUUUAAAGUCACUAACGUUUUCAUUACUAUUAUGCUUUUGUUGCUGUUGUUUUUGUAUUAUACUUUUUACAUUUUAAAAAAGGACUUUGUUUCUUUUAUCUCAAUUUUUAAAGCUAUUUUUGGUACCUCUAUCCCUCCCUUUCUACUGUGGGAGCAAAUUAAAUUGGCUUUUGUAGACGACAUCCAACCAGCACCCUGACGAGGCACCCACCCAGGCCCCUUUGGUUUCAGGAUCAUGUGACUCUGAUCAAUACCCCCUCAUUACAAUUCCCCAACGUCCUCUCUUUGCCCCUCCCCCAUUACCUCAAGCUUUCCCCUCCUUCCCACAUUCUUCUGAUUUCCCCACAGCAAAAAUUCAACAGACGGGUUUAGAUACAGCUUAACGAGACCUUUGCAUCUCGUUCCAGGCGGGUGGACGGAGCAAUGGACUGGUUGGGAGGAGCAAAUAUGGCUUUCCCUGAGAGCAAAACGCUUUGGGGGAGCUUGUGAUAUACACACUCUCUUUGAGAAAAGCGCUGCAAUGAUUGCAUUUUAGUGCUUGCAUUGUGGACUGAGCUUGGUCAAACACAAAAACCAUGUCAUUUGGCCGUUAGCCAGUCUCUCAAGACACCAUAUUGAAGCACAGCAAGAGUGUGUUACUGACCCCCACAGUGAGAGAGAAGGAUGGCAGGAUGGUGACCGGAAUAUGGGCGGUGUUUCCUGCAUCCUGCAUGGAUUUAAACCAACACAGUGCAUCUUCCUCACGCACCCUGCUCUUCUUCUUCCUCACUCGUGAUCUGCUUGGAUUCCUCCCUUCCUUUCUAUUGUUUCCUACCCUCAGUUAAUCGCUGCUAUCUCUCAAACGCUGAGGAGAGGGGAGAGGGUCUUUGAUUGCUUGAGGUGACAGGAGGGAGGUAUUUUCUCCCCCGACGGGUCCUGAGAAACAAUAUAGCUGCAUGUCAGAGCUUUUCUGUGCGUGAGUGAGUGUGUGCAGAGUCUGUGACUAUGUGUGUGUGUGUGUGUGUGUGUGUGUGUGUGUGUGUGUGUGUGUGUGUGUUAAGGCUAUGGUCAAACAUAAGACCAUGUCUUUACAGAACAACUAAUGUUUUUUAUUUUGCGUUAAGAGACGCACACUUUCUUGCUAUGAGUCAAGUGUUAUCUUACAAAAUAUAAAUACUUUCUAUGUGUACUUAAUAAUUGUUUACUGAUUGAGGAAGAUAAAUUCUAACAUUUUGAAUAUGUUUACUAUUUGACUGAUAAUUAGUAAUUUUGUAACACACAUAUUACCACAUUGUAAUAUGCAAAUUUUAUUGUCAAAGGUACGACAAACACAAAGUAGCCGCAACCUUACACAUACCUAGUCCAGGUUAUUGGGGAACAACUUGGGUAAUACAUACUAGCAAUACCUGCAAACCUACUGUACCUAACUGAGCACAAAUAGCAACUAAUUAUUUAAACCAGUGUAUCGGCAUGAGUGUUCCCCUUCCUUCAUGUAUUUAUAUUGUGUGUACAGCUGAAAACUCAUGUAGCGAACAAAAGUUUCUCCCAUUACACCCCUCUCCAUCUCCAUUCUCCGACCAUACAACCAGCAGUAGAUUCAGCCAUCCACCAAUCUGAGCCUAAUUUGUGUCAUUAUGAAUCAUUUGUAAAAAGUUAAAUAUAAAGCAAAAAAAACAACCCAAAAAAAUUAUAUAAGAUAAAAAAUGACCAAAAAAAAAAAAAAAAAAAGAAUACAAAUGUAAUCAUCAUGAAGUUAGCAAUGACCCUACUCUGCCUUGCCACCCUUUCCUUCCCUCAAAUGUUGCCCUUCCCCCACUCAUGAAUCUGUCUGCAACCCUGGGCUAGACCCCAAAAACCUUCCAUUUGAACCCUCCAUUGACCUUUGACCUCCCCUUUCCCAGGCCACACCCAUUCCUUCAACCAUCUCUGCAUGCGCCACAGAGCCUUGCUGCACUGCUUUUUAUUAUUCCAUUUAAAGCUUGUUGGACCAACCCUAAGCCCCGCCCCUCCUCUGAUGUCAUCCAGGCAGUGUUUUAUGCUCUGGGACAGGCUAGUGCGAGGUCAGUGAUGUUUGGUCGUAUGCAUAAGACACAAAAAGUGACAGAUAAAGUGUGUGAGUGUGUGAGUCUCAUGAUAAAACCCACUACGCCACAGUACUGCUUGGAUGACAUCACGCCUGCCAGCCAACUGUAGAAUGCAAAAAGCAAUGCAAGUGUGGCAUGCCUCUGUACCCGGUGUGUGUACGGUGCCUGCCCUGGAAAAGUGU